ACGGUUACCGUCUCUGCUCCGGAUUUGCCGUGACGCGCCGCGGAUGUUUGUGUGCUCUCCGAGCUGCCCGCACACACACACACACACACUAAAAUAAAAAAGAAAGAAAGAAAAGGAAUACCUACAACUGAAGCCCGAAGACCACUCUUUAACAUAAAGAAGCAACAUGGAUGAAGAGGAGCAGUUUGUUAACAUCGAUCUGAACGACGACAAUAUCUGCAGCGUGUGCAAGCUCGAGACGGAAACAGGGACCUUAUCUUUCUGCCACGUGUGCUUUGAACUCAGCAUCGAAGGUGUCUCCGCUGCUACCUUGUUGCACUCAAAGUCCCUGCGCGGCCACAGAGACUGCUUUGAGAAAUGCCACCUCAUCGCCAACCAGAAGCUGUCGCGCUCCAAGAGCUCCCGAAGUGCCUACGAGGGCAUGAAGCUGGCCCUCAGCCAGAAGCUGAACCGCAUCAUCCAGUACGCCCAGAACAAAGACAAUGUCUCCUCCAACGGCCCCGGCAGACGGGGGACCAGACUUCAUUGUUACAGCCAGCAGAGCGACUGCAAGCUGCUUCCCCAGUCUGACGCCCAGGUGCCUCGGUACGCGCCCUGCUGGGACACGGGCAAAGCGACACGGCUGCCCGAUUACACCAUGGGGAUGUUGGAGUGCCACACAGCGGAGGAGCUGGGGCUUUUGCAGGAGUCACAGUCUGAAGUUUGGUCGAGUGACGGCAGGAAAGGUCUACACAGCCGGAGCCAGUCGUCAGGAGGACAGCCUCAGCGCAGACACCAGGGACACAGCAGAGAUGAAUUGACUAAAAUGAGUGUGGACGAACUCCAUCAGCUGAACGGCCAGCUGCUGAUGCAGAUUCAAAAGGUCUUCGAGGAGCUUACCGUGGCCGUGCAGGAAAAAGACUCGCUGGCGUCGGAGCUGCACGUGCGUCACAUCGCCAUCGAGCAGCUCUUUAAAAACUGUGCCAAGCUUCCAUGGCUGCACAUUAGCAGGGCCGGUGUCAAGGCCAGCAGCAGCAGCGGUCCUGUGGAGUGAGGAGGUCCACGCUGAGAAAGAACACUGAAGAAAAACAAAAAGCCUUCAUGUAAACUGAGUGACUUUUUUACGACGCGAUGGCGACAUCGAGGUUAGAUCUGCGUUAGAGCAACAUUCAGGGCUGAGUUGACAUGGCUUCCGUUCUCGUGGUUGCAGUGAUGAUGCAAGGAUUAAUGGUGGUUUGCCGUUUUUUAAACAAAUUGCUGGUCUGGCAUGCGACCUGACUUCCACCAGACUCAUGUACCCAGGACGCAUGUUAAUAACCGGCGGGAACGGGGCUCAAAGUUUCCCGGGCCUGACGCACAAUGAGGACAGAGAAUAUCUUUUAAAGAUUUUAAAGACUGAGAAACAGCGUGUCUGGAUUAUUUUACAUAAAUGGUUGCUGUUGGUUUUAUUUCUUUUCAUUUUAGUUUGCUGUCAAACAUUUUUCAUUGUUUUUUUUAUUUUCUGUAGAUACAUUUUCUACCUUUUUUCUGCACUGCGUAACACUUGUUGUCUUAUGAUUGUCUGCAGACAGGUGUGAUGGGUGAUGCAGACGAGCAGCAGUGUUCGAUUGCUGUCCUAAUGUUAAAGCGUUGACAAGGUUCAAGUGUGUUCCUGCAGCUGCAACAAGAGUUUAGAGUUCUGAAAAAUGUGGUGCACUGAGAUAUUUCCCAUUUUCUAGAUGGAGAUGGAUUCAGCCUGCUGGGAAAAUUACACAUAAUACGCACACAAAAGCUUUAAUAGAGGUCUAAUAAAUGACAAAUAAUAUGGAAUUUAAAGAGGUAAUGUAUGCAAAUCAAGGCUAAUCUGGAAAAGGGCAAGUGUAAGACAACACCCAGAAGUCCCCUCAAGCAUCACUGCAGCAAAGACAAAUGAAGAGCGUGAAGUUUAAUAAGGCUCUACAAGCUGUGCCGGUUUUUUGUCCGGAGGAGGGGUGAUUACUAUUUUGGGAGUGUCUACUCUGCAACAGCUGGUUGGCAAACAGCAACGGGAAAUAUCAGUUAAUAAAUAUCAGUUAAGACACCCACUUAAAGUGAUGUAUAUUUAGUUUUAAAGGUUAACGUUUGGGUUUAUUGUAACGAUUACUGCUGGUGAGUGAUGAGUUACUUGAUAUUUACGACGGCGCCGUUCGCCGUCUGUCGUAUAGCUGUCAAGCACAAGUCGUAUGUAUGGCUACGCACUGAGCAGGAGAGGAGAGAAAGAAAAUAUUGAAAAAAGAAUAAUCCAGCUGCCAAACCAAAGUCUGUAUUUGUUCUGUUUUACAUUUGAACUACAAGCAUUUGACUUAGAUACCGAUAAACGGAGGAAAGAUGCAAUACUGAAGUGUAUGUUGCUUAGAGAUUUCAUCUGUUUGGUUCAGUGGGUGUUAUAAUGAACCAGAUGUUUUUACUCUAAACGUGCUGAUGUGGAAAUGAUUGAAUACACAUGCCGUAUGUUUUCUGUUUUCUUCUUCCUUCACAUGCAGUGUUAACUUUUGUUGCCCUCUCUCUAUCUCUGUACUGACGUGUGAGAGCUGCGUUGAUGUCACAGCAAUACAAACAGGAUAGUUUAGUCUACUGUGCCUCUGGAGGUCCCUGAUUUUUGAACAAAAGGAGACAAAGACGGAUGUAGGAGACGGUAUCAACAGUCAGUGUUUGGGAGCCUGUAGUUUUUGCUGUUUGUUUAUUAUUCAGGAACCCUAUGCAAGAAAGAGAGAAAUAAAUCAGAAGCCUUAUAAAGUA